AUGCGUGGCGGUGUGAAUCUUUUGCGUGAGACUUUUGACUCCAUUCACUCGCCAGCUGACCUCCCUUUGAGACUCGCUAAUCCUGCCAUGCAGGCACAGCUGAGAGGAGCACGACUUACCCAGCCAGAGAUGGUUUGUCUGAACCCAUCCCCAGGGGUGUAUGGCGAGUCCAACGAUUUUGACAUCACAUUAAUCUUCAAGUUAUUCAGAACAAUUUGCGGCCUGAUCCCUCCCGCUGGACCGAGAGGAUGGGAUGAUUUACCAAACGACUCAGACCACACUCUGGUGGCAGAUUUAGUGCGAAUAAAAUAUUAUCGAAAUGAGAUUUAUCACAAUCCCACUAUGGAAAUAUCUGACAUCGAUUUUAUUCCUCUCUGGGAGGAAAUUAGUGAGGCUCUGUUAAGAAUUGCGACAAAUAUUAGUCCUGCAAAGAGAGAGGAAUGGGAGAAGUCCAUUUAUGAUCUUCUUCGUAAUCCUUUGACGCCAGAUGAGGAACGAUGCAUUAAAGAGCUAGAGACCUGGUAUAAGCAAGAUAUGGAUGUUAAAGAUGAAUUGGUGGAUGUUAAAGAUGAAUUGGUGGAUGUUAAAGAUGAAUUGGUGGAUGUUAAAGAUGAAUUAGUAAAGCUUAGAGAGGAACUGAAGUCUCGACAACCCGCUUUCGUAGGUCAGUAAAAGAGUAACUUUAAGUCUCCAUCAGACAAAAAUAUGGAAUCAUUAUCCUCAGUUCCAUUUACUGUUAAUCCAAUGUUGCCAUUUUUCCCGAAGAUCCUCAUUUAAUUACUUUGAACUUGUAUAUUUGAUUUAAAAAUUAAAUUUACAAAACACCAAUAGUGCUCUUUUUUGAGUUCAAAUGUAGGUUAAUAUAUUUUUUCCUAUCAGUCAUACAGAUGAACGUAGCUGAAUAUCAUCAAGCCGCUGGAUCCGAACCGACUUUCCUUGCACCCAACCUACUACUACCUCAGAUGGAACAAGCAGCGGGAGCUGAUGACCCUGAACCAGAUAAUCCACCAGACAUAACUGUUUGGAACGUAAUUUUAUCAUUUAAAGAAUCAGUUGAUUUAUUCUUACGAUACUUAUGGUAUAAACUUCGUCUUCGAGUGCGUAACAACGAGGUAGGGAGCUGGCUUGUAACAGUUGAAUGCAGUUCAUUGCAAGUCCUUGAAGGAGUGUGGGAAGAUUAUCGCAGUGGUCAUCUUAAUUCAGUUGCCCAGGAAAUGCUGAUAACACCACAGGUUUUGGCGAAACUUGGUCUCACUGAGCUGAAGCUGAAGACCUUUAUUUCCGAGGAUCAGUAUAAGAAAGGGAAAAAGCUGUUAGAGGCGAGCUCAGGUGAUUAUUGCGAGCUUGCCAACAUUGAAGUCAAAGCGUUUUUAUGGUUAUUAUUGAUUCGUCACCGAAAAGGAAUUAUGGACGGUGAUUUGCAAAUUAAGCUCAGUUAUGUAUUUUUCACUAUCUAG